AUGAAUUUGACCCACUAUUUACCCAAGUGGCUUUAUAACGUGUUGGAGCUUCUUUGUUUGCCGUUCUACAUCUCGGCGUUGACGCUGAUCAAAAAGAAGCCCGAAAACGGCCGCAAGUUCCUGUUGGCGUGUCUUGUCUACGUCAUCGAUAGUGUUGUCGGUGUGUUCUAUACCCUCUAUUUCGUCCACUUUUGGUUCGCUAACGAGGAGGUGGUGACCAAUAAGCGUGAGUUCGGUGUGGAUUUGCCCGUGGCGUCGUUUACUGAAUUUGCUGACGAUGCUGACUACUUACCCGAACCGACCCUGGUUUUAUCUCUGGUGUCGCUGGUAGUGGACUUUGGUGCUGUGGCUACCUCAGCAGUAUCGGCCGUGGCCUCGGCGGCUGCUCUGUCAAUGUCCAGUGGUGUGGCGGCGUCUGCCCUCACUUCUCAAGUUAUUGCCCUGACGGUGGGACUGCUGGCGUCUACUCCCCUCUCAGGACAACUGCAGCUGGCCACUCGCGAAAUCUUCAUGACCGCCAUUGGCACCAUCGUCAUCAGCGUGGUGAGAUUCUACUUCACCCUCAUCAUGCUCUCGUUCAAUAAGGCCCUCCUCAAACAGCUUAAGGUCGAAGAGCAGUACCAACGCAAGGACGAGGACGAAGAACGCAUUUUGUUGGGGCUGGGGGUGUGGAACCGCGUCGAGCGGGUGGUGUUGGAGUGGCAGAACCGCGCCAAACAAUUCAUGGGCGACAUGUUGUUGUCCAAGUUCAACAACUAA